AUGGCAGUUGCCCGGUUGGCCAUGGCGGCUUCUUGUGACUGCUACCUCAUCGACGGUGCAUACCCGACGUACUACAAGUCGCACGGCUUCUGGGAUUUCCGCUCCUUGCCCCAGUAUGCUGGCGUGCCUCCUGUCUUGGACUCCAUCGACGCCAACAAGAACGCAGACUUCAGCAGCUCUUUUUUCAACUGGGAGUCGGAGUUUGCUCGGUUUUGGGGACCGCAGAAUUGGGAUAACGGCGCUGAAGACUUUGUCAAUACCUCUGCUGAGUUUGAAAGCAUGGACCUUUUCGAUCAUGCCUCCAUCAGAAUGUAUUCGCGCUCAAUCGGUUCUCCCGGCGCAUGUACAGCCGUGUUCACCUACCGCGAGGCAAACUCUCUCAAAGAUGUGCAAGAGUCGGAUAUCGAGAUCUUGACCAGCGGCCCCAAGACAUCAAUCCAAUACACCAAUCAGCCGUCCUACCUUGAAGACGGUACCAUUAUCGAUGGUGCAUCCAACAACAUCUCUGUCUCCGUCCCCUGGAACGAAUGGUCCACGCAGAGGCUAGACUGGACUCCUGGUCGUACUACCUGGUAUAUCAACGGGGAUCAGACAUACACGCAGACCUUUCAGGCACCAAAGGAUCCAAACAAGGUGAACUUCAACGCAUGGAGUGAUGGUGGUGAUUGGACAGGCAAGAUGCCUGAGGGUGGGGUUGCGUAUCAACAGAUCCAGUGGAUUGAGAUGCUCCAUAACGUUGCCGACAAGGCCUCGUGCUCAAGCGCGUGCAGCAUAGACGCCGACGGGGCCAAGCCUGGAUCUCCAGUGAAGGUAUAA